AUGCGGAACGCCUCGUGCGCGGAGGAGCCGCUGGUGUUCGGCGCGCUGGAGCGCGUGGUGAUCGGCGUGUGUCUGGGCUGCGUGUCGGCGCUGACAGUGAUGGGGAACGCGCUCGUGGUGAUCGCGGUGUGCGUGGUGAAGAAGCUCCGGCAGCCGUCCAACUACCUGCUCGUGUCGCUCGCGGCGGCGGACCUGAGCGUGGCCACGGUGGUCAUGCCCUUCGCCAUAGUGACCGACCUGACCGGCGGACAGUGGCUCUUCGGACAGGUCUUCUGCAACAUCUUCAUCGCCAUGGACGUCAUGUGCUGCACUGCGUCCAUCAUGACCCUCUGCGUCAUCAGCGUGGACAGGUAUCUCGGAAUCACGCGACCGCUGACCUACCCGGCCCGUCAGAACGGACAGCUGAUGGCCAAGAUGAUCUUCGGAGUGUGGCUGGUGUCGGCCUCCAUCACGCUGCCUCCGUUCUGCGGCUGGGCAAAGAACAUCAACACGGAGGGAGUGUGUCUGAUCAGCCAGGACUUCAGCUACACCAUCUACUCCACCGCUGUGGCCUUCUACAUCCCCAUGCUCGUCAUGCUCUUCAUGUACUACAAGAUCUUCAAGGCUGCUCGCAAGAGCGGAGCCAAACACCGCUUCACCAGCAUCGUCCGCAGCUUGGACCCUCCUGCCAGCGAGCUCCACUGUAAAAACGAAGCGGUAAGGAUGCAGGGUCUGAAGCCUCAGCACCACGGCGCCGGAGUGGCCGAGGAAUGCGCGGCUCUUUCUCGGCUCCUCAGCCCCGAACGCCAAAACAUGUCCAUCUUCAAGCGGGAGCAGAAGGCAGCCACCACCCUCGGUGUCAUCGUGGGGGUCUUCUCCAUCUGCUGGCUGCCCUUCUUCAUCCUGUCCACCGCCAGGCCCUUCAUCUGCGGCGUGGAGUGCAGCUGCAUCCCCAUCUGGCUGGAGCGGAUGCUGCUGUGGUUCGGCUACGCCAACUCGCUCGUCAACCCCUUCAUCUACGCCUUCUUCAACCGGGACCUUCGCUCCACCUACAGGGACCUGCUGCGGUGCCGCUAUCGCAACAUCAACCGCCGCCUCUCCGCCGUGGGCGUGCACGAGGCCCUGAAGGUUUAGGAACGUCCAGAGACUUGUUUUAUUUCAGAAACGCUGAUGCUGACCAGCCCGUUUGGACUAAGUGGCCUUUUUGUUUUUACCUUUUUCACUUUUUUUUGGACGGAGUCGUUUUUUUUUUUCACUGUAGAUUUUUUUUUCUUUCAGAAAUUUGUUGAACAAGUCAUUUUUAACACGUUUCGUUUUUGUCUAGCGUCUGAUUUCGGGUGUAAACCCAAUUUCAACAAAGCCGUUUUUGGAUUUCUCUUUUUCUUUUCCAGGACCUGAUUUGGAAAAAGCCAUUUUUGGAUUCUAAACGAGCUUUAAAGAAAGUCUGGGCGACCUAUUCCACCAUUCCGGGACCCCGGAUGUUUUUUUUUAAUCUGUCUUUUUGGACCGUAAAUUUUCUUCUUUAGUAGCUAUAAUUUAAUUUUUUUAUUGAAGUUUUAUUGUCUUUGUUUUUUUCUUUCUUCUGGACGACCAGUUGUUUUAUCCUGAAAUCAAUGUUGGUCUUUUUCGCCGGUAUCUCACAUUUUAAGACAAAGUUUUUGGAGCCUAAUAUUUUGUUUUGCUUCAUUUUUCAGGCAGGCCUUGUUUUUGGAUGCUAAACCACCUGCGAGAUCCGUCCUGCCGAUCAGGAUGGCUUUAUUUUUUCUUCUCUUUGUGAAACUGGAAUGUGUUUUUCUGGACUUUGAUCCGUCAGUCAGAGAGGAGGAGCGGCCUGCAGCAAGCAGAUGUUCAGUCCGUGUCUGAGCGUCCGCUGACCGAGUCCCCAGAUGGGAACCGUAGGGGCUGGUGGAUAAUUGUGGCUGUAAGGCUUUGUGGUCUGCGCUGACUAUUGGAAAUCGUUGGGGAGGUUGGGGGUGGUGGGGGCUCCAGUGAGGGGGUGUGGAGAGACAGGACGCUCACCUUGCCUUUUACAGUGACUCAGCCGGCUAUUUUAGGAGCUGGUGGCGAGGUGCGGCCGUCGGGUUUUUGAUGGACUAUUGACCUCGACGGGCUCUGUGUGGACGCUUCGCCCUGAUCCCGCCUGCUUUCUGGACAGACCUGACAAGCGAGACAGACACACUUAGCGCUUCUCUGCGGUUCUUGAGCCGCGGACGAUGACAUGCUAAGGAACGAUAAUCUGAGGAACUGGAACUCUCGAGUGGAAACAAGGGACUCCUGCGAUCUGCAGUCUGGCUUUGUUUGGCUGCAGAAUAAAUCAAAUAACACAAAAUGCAUUGUAACGUAUUUUCAAUAUAUCCCCGUUUCCUACGGGACGUUGUGGAGGAGAAAGUCCGUAUGGACGGCAAAACACUGUAAAUUGUCAAACUUAAUUUACCAUCAUGAUGUUUACUGUCCCCGUUUUAAACCACCUUCAUGAAUCUUUGAUAUCUUCAGUGCUUUUCUGUGUAAUGUUAACGGAAGCGUUUUGUAACGAUUUGCUUACUGCAGACGUCUGAACGGCUGACAGAGGCAAAGAGCUUAACAGAACCGCAGAAACGGAGAAAACUACCGUCCCAGUUUCGGAAUCCGGAGACGACUUUCCUCACCAUUAAAACUGCCAUAAUGACGGAGAGAGACGUGAAAAGUCUUUGUCACGAGUGACCAGUGAACUGUGCUUGAAGCUCGCAGGGGAUUUGUGUGUCGCUGCAGAGCUUUCUAAUGACCUUCAUCACCAAACGAUCACGCUCACAUCCUGGAGACGCCGUUAGCCGACGCUCGUCACAUGAACUGGAUUUUUUACUUGUUUGUUUUAUGAUUAUUACUUACAAAGACACUGGCUUGUUUUUGGCCUUCACCCACUUUUAACUCUGAUCAUUUGUGGUGAAACAGCUUCAUGCAAUUACCCAGAAACACCCCUUGUACGUCCACUCACUGGUCACUUUAUUAGAAGUGCUGUAGCCAGUGGAAACACAGUCAUGGUUUCUAAUAAAGUGGCCGGGGAGAAGAAGCUGAUUUGUUGCGGUCAGUACACUCUUAAAAACAUAGUAAAGGGAAAAGUUCUAUAUGGAACCACGAACACUCAAAGAGUCAUCUGCAUACUUCAGUGGUUCUCUGCAGUGUGAAACGGUUCUUCAGACUGAUGGAGAAUGUGUUGGUUCUACAUAGCACCAAAAAGGGUUCUGCUAUUAUGAUAUCAAGCUUGAAACGAUAGAAGAACCCGUAUUGGUGGCCGAGUGUUGUCCUGGCACGCGGGUGCGAGGGGCAUCUGCGGCCUCGUGUCGUCCUAGCGUGCGAGUGCGAGGGGCGUCGUCUUGCCACGUGGGUCUGAGGAGCGUCUGCGGUCAUAGGUCGUCUUGGCCCGCGGGUGUGAGGGGCGUCUGCGGCCAUAGGUCGUCCAGGCGUGCGGGUGCGAGAGGCGUCUGCGGCCGUGCGUCGUCCUGGCGUGCGGGUCUGAAGGGCCUCUGUGGCCAUAGGUCAUCCUGGCGUGCGGAUCUGAGGGGCAUCUGCGGCCAUAGGUCGUCCAGGCGUGCGGGUCUGAAGGGCCUCUGUGGCCAUAGGUCAUGCUGGCGCGCGGAUCUGAGGGGCAUCUGCGGCCAUAGGUCGUCCUAGCGUGCGGGUGCGAGGGGCGUCUGCGGCCGUGCGUCGUCCUGGCCUGCGGGUCUGGGGGGUGUCUGCGGCCAUAGGUCAUCCUGGCGUGCGGGUGUGAGGGGGGUGUGGCUGUGCGGGUCUGAAGGGCGUCUGCGGUCGUGCGUGUUCUGCCGUGCGGGUGUGAGGAGGUGUGGCCGUGCGUCGUUCU